AUGAUCUCUAUUAGAGACGUGAUUCUCAGUGUAUCCAGAAUCGUGCAGCUCUACUCUGAUAUGAGUGAAGCACUGGAGCGUGUUGACGCUGUGUUUGCUGUGUCUGAUCUGAUCUGGUCAGGUUGUGUGAGGGCCUCGUCUCCUCGUCUGGCUCUAGAGAAGAGUCUUGUCUGGCCGUCCAAAGACACACAGUGUGUGCACCUGCUCAAACACCUGCAGAACGGGGCCCGCGUCACCGUCCAGAUGCCACCCAACAUCCAGGGACACUGGGUCUCCUCCGGCUGUGAGGUGCGUCCCGGUCCGGAGUUCCUCACUCGCUCGUACCGUUUCUUCCACAACAACACGUUUAAGGCGCUUCAGUUCUACUACGCAGACAACCACUGCUCCACGCCGAGCUACAGUGUGCAGGUGCGGGGCCGUCUGCGUCUGCGCCAGCCGUCCUGGAUCGUCCGAGGCGGCACUGAGGCCGACUAUCAGAUCCACAGCAUGCAUCUGGUGUGUCACUCGGCGUCUGCGGCCCGAGAGCUCGGCUGCGCUUCUUGGCAGCCCAACAUCAGCUAUGAGCUGUGGAGUGUCUGCGGCUGCGUCUGCGGCUGCGCACUGAAUGUCUCCAUGCACGAGCUGCAGCUGCUGCGGCUGGAGAAGCAGUAUCUGCAUCACAGUCUGGAUCAGCUGCUGGAGGAGCUUUACCUGGGAGACAUUCACACCGAAGCGGCGCAGAGGAUGCUCUACAGACCCUCCAGCUACCAGCCCGCGCUGCAGAACACACAGAAUCAGGAUCUCAGCUGCGUGGUCUGUCGAAUCGUCUCUCGCUCAGACGAGCUUCAUCCGCCGGUUCUCCCGCCGCGGCCCGAGCUGACGGUGACCCUGAGGGGCCAGUGGGCUUCCCGCCGCUGCGAGGUCCGGCCCGAGGUCCUGUUCCUCACGCGACACUUCAUCUUCCACGACAGCAACCACACCUGGGAGGGUCACUACUAUCACUACUCUGACCCGGCCUGCAGACACCCCACCUUCAGCCUGUUCGCCCGCGGACGCUACAGCCGCGGCCUGCGCUCCACACGCGUCAUGGGCGGCACUGAGUUUGAGUUCAGAGUGAACCACAUGCGUGUGACGGCGAUGGAUCUGGCGACCACAUCUCUGCUAAAUGUGUUCAAAGGGAGUGGCUGCGGUGUUCAGGGUUCGUGGCAGGUGGGCGUGGAGCAGGACGUGACUCCGACCAAUGGCUGCGCGGCGCUGGGGCUCCGCCUCCCGCACACAGAGUAUGAGCUCUUC